AUGAACGGGCGCGACACAGUCUGCAGCCGGCGGCCCGUCGAGCAGUGGGAGUCCUCCGAGACCGCGAACCUACGACAAGCCUUCCAGCAGAACCUCGACCACAUCGAGGCCACCUCGCAGGCCGCCCUCACCCAGGGCAAGGUCUUCUUCGCCAAGGAGCACUCCCUCUGGCUGGCCGAACCGGCCGCGAUGGCCCAGUACCUGGCCACGGCCAGCCGCAGCCAUCGCCCCUCGACGCGACUGGGCGUGCAGGUGCCCAAGUCAUACUUCAAUCCUCAGACCAGCAGCGGCAGCGCAACAUUCUCCCCGGAGAAUUUCACCAUCCUCCCCGACGCAUACCUGGCCUCGUGGCGCGCGACCUUCCUCAUCCGCCAUCCGGCCCUGGUGUUCCCCUCCUUCUACCGCGCCCUGCACGGCCUGGAGAAGGAGAGCUUCUGCGAGCCGCGCAUGAUCGAGCCGUUCCUAGAGCUGCACGCCACGUUGCGGUGGACGAGGCUGCUGUAUGACUGGUACUGUGAUCGCGGAGAUUCACGGCCUGCGUUGCCGCUGCUGCUCGACGCGCAGGAUGUCAUUCACCAUCCGGAGGUGGUCGCCAAGUACUGUGAGCUCAUCGGCAUGGAUCCGGAGAAGGUCCGCCUCCGCUGGAGUCAGUCGGAGCGGCGGUGGGGGGAGAAAGAGGAUCCUCGCGCCCGGGCGGAGGCGGUCAUGCUCGCGACGCUGGAUCAUUCCACUUCCUUGCUCAAGGAGAAGACUCCCGCGUUCGUGGACGUCGGGGCUGAGAGGGAGAAGUGGGAGAGUGAGUUUGGGGAGAGGGUGGCGGAGCAGAUGGAGAGGUGGGUCGAGGGUGCUAUGCCGGAUUAUGAGUACCUGUGGAGAAGGAGGUUGCGGGUAGAUUGA